CAGCGCUGAGGGAGCAGGCGAAAGCUCCAUGCAGUUCAGCACCAGACCGCCUAGUGCUGAGCAGCCGGGCUUCAUGGGGACAUGGCAGCAGCAGAGCACUGACAGCAACCUCCUCUACAGAAUGUCCCAGCAGGCCAUUCGCUGCACGCUGGUGAACUGCACAUGUGAGUGUUUCCAGCCAGGGAAGAUUCACCUCCGAACAUGUGACCAGUGCAAACACGGCUGGGUAGCUCAUGCUCUGGACAAGCUCAGCACCCAGCACCUGUACCACCCGACCCAGGUGGAGAUCGUUCAGUCCAACGUGGUGUUCGACAUCAGCAGCCUGAUGCUGUACGGCACCCAGGCCGUACCUGUCAGGCUCAAGAUCCUCCUCGACCGUCUCUUCUCCGUGCUGAAGCAGGAAGAGGUGCUGCACAUCCUGCACGGCCUGGGCUGGACCCUCCGAGACUACGUCAGGGGCUACAUACUGCAGGAUGCUGCAGGCAAAGUGCUGGACCGUUGGACCAUCAUGUCCCGAGAAGAGGAGAUCAUCACCCUGCAGCAGUUUCUGCGCUUUGGAGAGACCAAGUCCAUUGUAGAACUGAUGGCCAUUCAAGAGAAGGAAGGUCAGGCAGUUACAGUUCCCUCCUCAAAAACAGACUCCGGGAUUAGGACAUUUAUUGAAAGCAACAACAGGUCCCGCAGCCCGGGACCCCUGACACAUCUGGAAAGCAGUAGCCCAUCCAGCAUUCACCAUUUUGAGAAUAUCCCCAACAGCUUAGCCUUCCUCCUGCCUUUCCAAUACAUCAACCCAGUCUCUGCCCCCAUGCUCGGCUUGCCCCCUAAUGGCCUGCCUAUGGAGCAGUCUGCUCUCCGGCUCCGGGAGCCCAGCCUGCCAAACCAAGGUGAACCGGUGGACACCAGUGAGUCGGAAGUGUCCCUGUCACCUUUCCGCACAGGCCAGAGCCCAAGUCGUGGGGCCCUGGGAGCCAUGAACAACAUUGAACCCAAGACAGAGCCCAACCACAGGGCAUCACCGAUCUCACCAACCCCUUCCACCCAGCAGUCUCAACAACAGCAGCAACAGCAGACACAGCUCCAACAGCAGCAGCAGGGCCAACAGCAGUCCCAAAAUCAACCUCAGCAAUCCAACAGUUUGAGUGACCACCACGUCCACCACCAAGUCCACCACCAUUUUGUGAAGGACGAGCAGUCAAAAUCCAUCAGCCAUGCUUCCUUUUCCUCAAAGAUGCAUCGCAUGCGUCGCAUGGGAUCCACCUCACGCAAGGGUCGUGUGUGCUGCAAUUCUUGUGGCAAAACCUUUUAUGAUAAAGGCACCCUUAAGAUACAUUAUAACGCUGUGCACUUGAAGAUCAAACACCGUUGCACCAUUGAGGGUUGCAAUAUGGUCUUCAGUUCACUACGCAGCCGCAACCGCCACAGUGCCAAUCCCAAUCCACGGUUGCACAUGCCCAUGCUGCGAAAUAACCGCGACAAGGACCUCAUCCGUUCAACCACUGGUACACCUGUCAUCUCAAGCAGCAAGAAUGGUGGCUUUACACUCACCAGCCCUGGAAGACCACCACUGGGCUUCACAACCCCACCAGUGGACCCGAUGCUUCAGUCACCCCUUAAUAGCCCACUGGUAUUCCCCUCCCUGAAGUCGGUGCAGCCUGUCCAGCCAGUGCCCCCAUUCUACCGCACACUUCUGUCACCUGCGGACCUCUGCAGUCCUCCGGUGUCACUGCCCACCAGCCCCAUCCUGCCCACAACCACCAACAGUACCACCCUGAUGGACCAACAACAACAUCUCCUGGCUGCAGCAGGGGCUUCCCACAAUAAUAUUCAUAUGUCGGAGGUAGGACCCAUGUCCCACCGCUUGCAUACACCUAGUGCCAAUCAUGACCUCAACCAUGGCAGCUGUGAUCCCACGCCCAAAAAGAAGCCUCGUAAAUCGAGCAUGCCAGUGAAGAUUGAGAAAGAAGUGAUUGAUGUGGCAGAUGAAUACGAUGACAAAGAUGAUGAUGAUGACGACAUCCACCAUAACCACCACCAUCACUCAACCCUUCUACACAACAAUGUCAAAAUGAAUGGUAACUGUAACAGCAACAACAACAGCGGCAGUGGUACUGGAAACCACAGUGGUGGUAGUGGGCAGCAAUCUCCUUCCAUGGAUGAGAUGAGCCCCGGCCUAGCUCUGAGAGGGAUGAUGAGACAGAGUGAAGAUGAAUGCAGGGAAGGGACAGGUAGUGAAAGCAGGGGUGGAAAUGAUCAUCAAGGCUCUGGUGAGCUUCGUUGUAUGGGCAGCUUCACCUCUGAGGACCAGGAUCAUGAAAGAGACUUUGAGAAUGAAUCUGAAACCUCUGAUUCCAAGAUGUUCUACCGUGAUGAGCUGAUAGAUGUGGAUGAACAGCAAAAACACAGUAGGGGUGGAAGGUGUCUGGACAAGGAUCAAGACGAUGAGGGUUGUGAGGAAGCCCAAUUGAGAAAGGAAAUGGAAGGCAAGGGCCAUCCCUCACCCUCCCCUCAUCAGCCCCCUAUCAGGAUCAAGGAAGAACUCAACGAUCCUACUUACGACAUGUUCUGCAUGGGCCAGUAUGGCCUCUAUAAUGGAGGCAUGGCGGCGGCUGCUGCUGCUGCAAGCAUGGCUGCUCUACAUGAGAGCUUCAUCUCUUCAAUGGGCUACGGUGCCAGCCCACCCAAAUUCCCUUCUUCUCAAUCACCAGAGGGAGAUCCAUGCUCGAGUCCUGACCCCAAGAUCUGCUACGUGUGUAAGAAGAGCUUCAAGAGUUCCUAUAGCAUGAAACUCCACUACAAGAAUGUGCACCUCAAAGAGAUGCACGUGUGCACUGUGGCUGGCUGCAACGCUGCCUUCCCUUCCCGGCGGAGCCGAGACAGGCACAGCUCCAACAUCAACCUGCACCGCAAACUGCUGACCAAAGAGCUGGACGACAUUGUCCUGGACCCCCAACUCCCUCCACUGCCCAAGGACCUGCGAGCCGAGUUACUGGCCAAGAUCUACGCCGGGCACCACAUGGGCUUGGACCCGUAUGCCGGGAUGGGCAUCGGAGGUGCCAGCCUCCGGCCCACCGGCCUGAACCACAAUGCCCGUUCCCUGAUGAGCAGUGAGUAUCCCCACCACCCUCUCAACCAUAACCUUAAACACCACCACACCAACGGCUUCUCCCGGGGCCAGCCAGACGACUACAUGGUGUUGGACCUGAGCACCACAUCCAGUGUUCAGUCCGGCAGCAGUGUCCACUCCUCACAUGAGUCAGACGAGGGCAGCGACGAGGGCAUCCUAUUGGAUGACUUGGAGGAGGAGGAGGGAGAAGAGGAUGAGGAGGAGGGCAACAGUGAGGGGGAGGACUGCUCCCAGCAUGCCGAGGGGCAGGCUGAAGGAAGGCAUCGGGAUGAGACUGGAGAACUAAGGGGUGAUGGACAUGGUGAGGGGUUGGAACCUUCCUCUUCGCCGUUCCUCUUUUCGUCCACCGGGGGCAGUAACAGUGGCAGCAGUGGGAUCCUCUGCAACAUCUGCCAUAAAAUGUACAGCAACAAAGGAACCCUGCGUGUGCACUACAAGACUGUGCACCUGCGCGAGAUGCACAAGUGCAAAAUCCCCGGUUGCAACAUGGUGUUCAGCUCUGUGCGCAGCCGUAACCGACACUCUCAGAACCCCAACCUCCAUAAAAACAUGCCCUUCUCUACAAUGAUAGACUAAAUAAUGACUUGCUACUCGACCCUGCUGUCAGUCGGCCCACUCCUCCCUUCAUUCCUCAUCCUUAUUCCUCCUCAAAUUAGCUUUUAAUCCCUGCCCAGGGCCAUCAAGUAC